AUGGGGGAAACUACUUUGUUCAAUAAAAAAUUAGGUUUUUUUCUUUUACUUUCUCAAAUUAUACCAGUUAACUUAGUUUUAAAUGUCUUAAUAAUUUUAUAUGAAACUAGAAAUUAUGUGUUACACGUUGCUGUUGUUGUUGUUGUUGAUGAUGAUGAUGUCGAUGGUGCUGAUGGUGAUGAAGAUGAUGAUGAUGUCGAUGAUGCUGCUGCUGAUGAUGAUGAUGUCGAUGAUGCUGAUGAUGAUAAAGAUGAUGAUGAUGAUGAUGUCGAUGAUGAUGCUGAUGAUGAUGACGUCGAUGAUGCUGAUGAUGAUGCUGAUGAUGAUGACGCUUUAUUAGUUGAAAAGUAA